UUAUUGUUGUGUACAGAGUAUUUCAACAUCGCAUUUUGGCCAGUGAUAAUUUCAUGUUCGUAACCGUAAACAGUUCAACAACAAAUAUGAGCACCGAUACAGUUGAAGUAACAGUGCCAAAGGUGAAAUUGAAUAAAAUUCCUGGCGAAAUACCGAAUAUUCCUGUGGAAAAGAGAGUUAGCGUCAAGGAGUUGAACAAAUACACAAAAGUUGAAUUGGACGAACUGCUGGAGCGUCAAACGAAACUGUUGUCGAACCGGUCUCGCCUCAACAAACUGCCCGACAAGGGGAAACGAAUCCAAGACUUUCACGACUCCAUAGCCAAAGAGAUUGCGAAACGAGAUGAAAUCGAUGUGACGAGCGACCUGUUCUCGGAUCUAAAUAUCGCAACGAAAGGCGCGCCCAAACUGACCAACAUGGAAUGGAACGGCAAAUUCAAUCCGAAUCACGUCGAUGCCACGUUGGACAGUGACGAUGACGAUGAAACCGAUCCGAUUGCACUGUUGGCGCAGAGCCGGUUAGACAAGAAGAAGGUGAAAGUGCUGCAGCCCGAACCACAGCUCAUAACGUCGGCCGAUUUGGAGGAGAUUAAAUCGUUCAGCCGUGAUGUGCCUGUUGCAGACAGUGUGAAUUCGAGCAACGAUUCCGAUUUGGAUCCGCAUGCACUGCAUAUGUGCGAAGUGGAGUCUCACAAGCAAAAUCGACCGAAAUUCCUGCCGCACAAGACGACGAAAAGUGACUGCCAUAGUGUGGCAUUUGAAAAGAGCAGACGACAGGGCAAACACUGGGAAAUAACAGCGGCAACGCCACCCAUGAUUCGGAAUGCGGAGGCGCAAGUACUGUCACUGCAAGAAUCGAUAGCCAUUCAACGGCAACAGAAUGACAAUUUGAAGGUAGUGGAACGGAAGCAUGCCGAAGAACGGAUGGCAGCGAAAAAUCAAUUGGCCGCAAAGAUUAUGUCUGUGCCGGCGUUGAGCGAGCGAAAUAUGAAUCUGUUCUUUACAACAUACCGGGACGUCGUUGAUGACAAUGAUGAUGAUGAUGAACCGGCCGAUGGUGAUGUGGAUAGUGACGAUCAAGUGCAUGAUGAUGAGGACUGCGGUGGUGGUGGUGUAACGAUUGUACAAUACGACUAUUGACCGCUAGUUGUGUGCUUGUGAUGAAUAUAUUUUUUACAUACCAAGA